AUGGCGACUGAAGUGGCAGAAGCCCGCUUGCUCGUUGAGGAGAUGGGUACUGAAGUUCCUGAAGCCCGCUCGCUCGUCGAGGCGAGGGGUACUGAAGUUGCUGAAGAGGAGGACUCGGAACCUGAGUGGAAACUUCAAGUGGACUUACCAGACGAUGCGUAUUCAUCGCUCAUGGUCACCAUAGUCGAGGCAGUGUACGGUACGUUAUUCUCAACGAGGGACGGCUGCCUCUUGGUUCCGCAGGCCAUUGUGCACUACGCGGUGCUUGUGUUUGCACAGGUGGCAAUCAUCGUCUUCCUGGACAAGGCAGUUCUGGGCUUCGACAGGUGCAAUGUAGAUAUAUCUACGGAUGUGUUGCUGCAGUACAUCGGCGUUGGUGCAUUCGUGGGGGAGAUGCUCCAAGAAGUAUCAGCUUCGGGCACCAUGCUGAUGGUGGUGUGGGUAUCUACCGAUGCAAGGUUUGGUGGCAGAUGCCGUCGCGCACUGUUGACGCUCGUCUUCAUCCUUCCGAAGGCAGCAGUGGCAGUUUGGCUCAUCAUAGUUGGCUCGCAGUUUGUGCUAACCUCAGCGUCAAAUGUUGAUCUGAUCAUGAACUGUGUCGCGCUGACAUUUGUGAACAACAUGGACGAUGUGAUGUACAACAACCUUUAUCACCUCUAUGCCGACCAGCACAGCAAGCUCGGAUGGUCGAUCGAGUUCGAAUCAAAGACGGUUGAGGGGUGGCUGCCGGUGCGGAUUGCUUUGAAGACGCUCGCGUGGGCUGCCUUCACAGCCGUGGCGGUGUGGUCUGAACCAGACUGCUGA